AAAUAGUCAAUGCCGAUGCCGGCUAGGAAGGUUCAUACUUCAGGUUCAGAAGGGUUGAUAAGCAUAAGGUAAUUUUGCUGUCAUCGCUUUAGUUGUCGCACGCCUUAUCAUGGUAGUUCGACAGUACAACGAGGAACUCCAGUACCUGGAGAAAAUCACUCCUGUAAGCUGGAGGAUCAAAAAGGGGUUCCAGCCAAAUAUGAACGUUGAAGGUAUUUUUUAUGUUAACAAUCAUCUUGAAAAGUUAAUGUUGGACGAGUUAAAAAAUGCCUGCAGACCAGGAAUGGUCGGUGGGUUUCUUCCGGGAGUAAAACAGAUCGCAAAUGUUGCCGCCCUUCCUGGAAUAGUGGGGAGGUCUGUUGGCCUCCCAGAUGUGCAUGCUGGUUAUGGAUUUGCCAUCGGAAAUAUGGCCGCAUUUGAUAUGAACGAUCCUAAGUCUAUAGUUUCUCCUGGCGGUGUAGGCUUUGAUAUAAAUUGUGGUGUGAGAUUGCUCAGAACAAAUCUCUCAGAAAAAGAUGUUGCACCAGUAAAGGAACAAUUAGCUCAGAGCCUGUUCGACCACAUACCAGUAGGAGUAGGGUCAAAAGGUAUUAUACCGAUGACGGCCCGGGAUAUGGAAGAAGCUCUAGAAAUGGGAAUGGAUUGGUCGUUAAGGGAAGGGUACGUUUGGUCAGAAGAUAAAGAACACUGUGAAGAAUAUGGAAGGAUGUUAAAUGCUGAUCCGAACAAAGUUAGCCUACGUGCCAAAAAAAGAGGACUUCCACAGCUGGGAACUUUAGGUGCUGGUAAUCAUUACGCUGAAAUUCAAGUCGUUGAUGAGAUUUAUGAUAAGUGGGCCGCAAGUAAAAUGGGAAUCGAAUUUAAGGGUCAAAUUUGUGUGAUGAUUCACUCCGGUUCGAGAGGGUUUGGCCACCAAGUUGCAACAGAUGCCCUUGUUGCCAUGGAGAAAGCCAUGAAACGAGAUCAGAUAGAAACUAAUGAUCGACAGCUGGCCUGUGCGAGAAUAAAUUCUCCUGAAGGCCAGGAUUAUCUAAAAGGAAUGGCAGCCGCAGCUAAUUUCGCUUGGGUGAAUCGCAGCUCGAUGACAUUUCUCAGCAGACAAGCAUUUGCAAAGCAGUUUAACACUGUACCUGAUGAUUUGGACAUGCACGUCAUUUAUGACGUUUCUCACAACAUUGCAAAAAUUGAAGAGCAUGUUGUUGAUGGGAAAUUAAAAACCCUACUUGUACAUAGGAAGGGUUCGACUAGAGCCUUUCCUCCUCAUCAUCCAUUGAUACCUGUUGACUAUCAACUCACAGGUCAACCAGUUCUCAUUGGUGGAACAAUGGGCACAUGCAGUUAUGUACUUACAGGAACUGAAACAGGUAUGAAGGAAACAUUUGGAUCAACAUGUCAUGGCGCCGGGCGAGCUCUCUCAAGGGCAAAAUCAAGACGGAAUCUCGAUUAUACUGACGUUCUCAUGGCAUUAGAACAGAAAGGAAUUUCAAUUAGAGUCGCUUCCCCAAAGUUAGUUAUGGAAGAAGCGCCAGAAUCUUAUAAAAAUGUAACUGAUGUCGUCGAUACAUGCCAUGCUGCAGGAAUUAGCAAUAAAGCGAUUAAGCUCAGACCUAUCGCUGUCAUCAAAGGUUAAAAAAAUAAAUGGACAACGAUAUAAUGAAUCUGACAUUCAAACUAUACUCAAAAGUGAUAUAAUUACUAACAAACUAUAAAAAACAGAAGCGUUGUACAUAAUAAACAUUAUGUAUUUUAUUAUUGUUUCUA